AUGAGUUCUGCAGAUACGUUAGUGAAAGAGAGGUCGGUGCUACCCCAACAGAAGGAUAUGCUUCUUCGACUCGCCUCGUGUUCGGGAACCACGCUGUUUCUUCUUGUUUGUGGGUCCCGCAUCCUUGUGCUACUUGCAAUGCUCGUAUCAUACGCAGUGUUACCGAGGCUACUGAACACGGAGCUCCUUUUAGACACUUCUGGACUGCUGCACAAUGAUACGGUGGGUCAAUGGGCGUUUCUUGACUUUCCUCGUAAUUGGGACGGUGUUCACUUCUCUCACAUAGCGAACUACGGUUAUUCGCAUGAGAACAAUUGUGCGUUUUUCCCUCUAGUUCCCUGUAUCUUUCAAAUCUUGUCAUGGCUCAAUAAACUAUUUUUCCUAGCCCCCUUCGCCGUUGUUCCUGUUUCCUUUCAGGUUGCUCUGCUGAACGCAGUGUUAAAUGGUGUCUCCGCCAUUUUUUUGCGACGCAUUACGGGCUUGACUCUCCGACGUCCCGAAACAACUGGGAAGGAGAAGUUUGGUGGAACCUGGCUGGAUGAGCUGCCACCGCCACCGCCUCCGCGGCAUGGGAGCCGAAAGGAAAAGGACCGAGAUGGGGACAUCAAGCUGAGGCUGAAACGGGAAUUGGGUGCGGUAGUUCUGAUGUGGAUUAUGAGCCCGACGCUUGUGUUUAGUGUGGUCACCUACACGGAGAGUAUCUUUUGUUGUUUGACGUUUGCGGGAUUGCAUUUGCUUUUGGUUUCCUCUGAAGAAUGUAGAAAAUUUGUUGCCGCAACUGCCGAAGCUGGCGCCGUGUUUUGUUUUUUUUUGGCAGGAUGGGCUCGCUCAAAUGCUUUUUUGUACGUGGGAUUUAUGUUGUAUCCCACGUUGUUGCAAAUAUUUUUCUUUGACACGUACCGGGUACGUUACAUUCAAUAUCACGGAAGCUACAAGUUGUGCCGUCGGUGGCCAAGCGCUGGACGCUGUCUGGUGCUAUUUAUAGAAUUUUUAAUUAUUUGUACACCCUUUCUAUGCAUGAACUACUUUUGUUUUAGUCGGUUUGCGCCGCUCUGGGAUUCCACGACAAGGGUGGCCAUUGGUAACCGAUUUUGGUCCUUCUACGGAUUGGUUCAAAAGCGUUACUGGAAUGUGGGGUUUCUCGGGUCUUACACUAUGAAAAAUUUGCCAAAUGUCUUCAUUGCUGCCCCUGUUGUAUUUUUCACACUUCGAGGACUUGUGCUGUUUUAUGUGCUUCCGGCAUUUGCCAAGGCAUCCACCUCAUUAUCCAAUGAGGGUGCUCGACGCAGCAGUGAAGGCAGGCACAAUAAGAAAGGUGGGAGUAAAAUAUUAUCUUCUUACUUCUCCUUGUUAGGGUGUCUUGUGAAGGUCUCGGUUCAAUCGGCGAACAUGGCGUAUCUUGUGAUCUUGAUUUUGUUUGGGGUUUCUAUGAUGCAUGUAAAUGUAGUGAAUCGUUUCAUUAUGUCCUCCCCCGCACUGUAUUGGAUUUGGGCUCGACAGCUUGUGUGGGAUCCGUGGGGAGGUUGCACAAUCGUGAUGCUCCGCUUUUUUGCAGUGUGGACUUGUAUUGGUAUUCUAUUUUUCCCUAAUAGCAUGCCAUGGACAUAA